UUGCGUGUGCGAAGGCUGGUGUUGCGUUGACCUGCCCGUUCGUCGGCCGCAUCUAUGACUGGUAUAUGAACAACACCACAACGAAAAAGUUCUUCAUGUUAAAUGACCCGAGUAUCUGUUCAUGUGUUCCAACUCCGAUCAUCAUCUAUAACUGUUACAAACGUUUCAUUAAUAACACUGCUAUCAUGAUUAAUCAAAUAAAAGGAUUGCGCGGCUGCAAUCUGCUUACUCUCAGAUAAAC